AUGCAGACUGACGAUGCUUCCAAUAAUCAAAGACUAAACAACAAAGAGCUCUUAGUUCAAAACAUAGACUAUGCAGUGAAUCUAGCCCUCAUCUACAUUUUGUCAUUAUCCAUUUUUCCAGGGUUCUUAUAUGAGAACACGGGACAUCAUGGGCUAGGCUCUUGGUAUGCCCUUGUCCUAGUAGCGAUGUACAAUUGUGGGAACUUGGUUGGGAGGUAUACGCCGCUGGUGGAAUGGCUCAAGAUUGAGAACAGAAAAGGGCUCACCAUUGCAACUUUGUCACGUUUUUUCCUCAUCCCGGCGUUCUACUUCUCUGCGAAGUUUGGUGAUCAAGGAUGGAUGAUUAUGCUCGUUACUUUUUUGGGAUUGACAACAGGACAUCUCAAUGUUUGCAUUCUCAUCACUGCUCCUAAAGGCUACAAGGGUCCAGAAAAGAAUGCGUUAGGGAACUUGCUGGUGGUUUUCUUAACAGGAGGAAUAGUUGCAGGAACUUCGUUGGGUUGGCUAUGGCUUAUUGGUAAGAAGAAUGCCUUCUGA